GGUCCAACUGAACCUUUUAAUGGAAAACGAUAUUUGUGAUAUACAUCCUUUAUCAAUAUGUCGUUGUUGACGAUGCAAGUUAUUUCUGAACAUCCCUCGUAUCAAACAUACGGACAGCCCACAUUUAAAUUGCAACUAUAAAAGUCAGACACAUUUCGGCCAUCGCAGCUUGAGAGAUCCAGUCGUGUUAGUGACAGUUGUAUCCAAUUGCAGGAAUCAAAGUGACCGAGUGAUAAGGUAUCAAAGUGUUUAAUCGAGUGCAGAGUUGUUUCCAUGAUGUGGUUUCACUUGUCGCUGCUGCUGGUCGCUUGUCUCCACUAUAAGUAUGUGGUCUGCCACACCGUCUCGGACGCAAACUCACCAAGCCACGACCAUGGCCACUUUAGUUACGAUCUGGAUCCGCAAAACACUUAUGGUGUAUUAAACUGGGGGAAGGCGUUUACUGGUCAGUGUGCGGGAUCCCACCAGUCCCCCGUAGACAUACAGACGGACAGUGUCCGUUACCAGCCAAAACUUGCCUGCCCGGUAUUCGUAUCUACAGCCCAGAACGUUCGGGGUCACUUCAAAAACAACGGCCACGCCCCCGAGUUCAUCCCGUUGCGGGAAGAUGACCUUGUGGUGUCCAACGUCCCCUACCGGCUUGGCGACUACAGGCUCCAGGGUUUCCACAUCCACUACGGCGGAGAUAUCGGUGGCGAGAACGCGGGUGUCAGGACAAGCCAUGGAGGGUCGGAACAUGCCGUGAACGGAGUCAGAUUUGACGGAGAGCUGCACGUGGUGCUGAUCAACCGGAAAUAUCAAGAUAUCAGGGACGCAGAAACGCGAACGGACGGAUUGGUUGUUCUCGUGUUUUUCAUAAAGACUGCGCCCUCAACCACGGAUCCACGCGCUGCAGAGUUUUCCCAGUUCCUAGAGACAAACAUUCCCGUAAUAGCUAAUCAUGAUGUCAAUGUCUCUGUCGCGAUCAACUUGGGUAUGUUCCUGGACAGGCAGUGCGACUUCUACACAUAUGCCGGAAGUCUAACUACGCCCUUGUGUCAUGAGUCUGUCCGCUGGGUCAUAUUCGAGGAACCACUCACCGUCACUGAGACCGCGUGGCAGACGCUUGCGGGUCUUCAAGGCCACGGCGCGCACGGCAACUGUCGGGGCAUUCAACCUCUCAAUGACCGGUUGAUAAAAGCGAACUUUCAACCUCAGCGGACCACGACCACCCAGGCUCCUGUCCGUGAACGGGUACGCAGUACGCGUAGGUGGAUGAUGAAUCGACGUGAUACCACGGUUACAACGGGCAGUCCUUUUUUUACCGAUCCCGGCUUGACUAUGGGUCCCUGGACUAAUACAGACCCUGCCAUGGACUAUCACGAAAACACUCGUGCCUUAAAUGAUGGUUACCAGACACAGACUAGGAGAAGGAACGGCGGCCAAGGUUCCAGGCGGGGACGGCGGCACUGGGCAAGAAACCAGGCUGCAGAUAUUGAGCAUUCAGAACUCCCACCACGAUACCAACAAUAUGAAAUGCUACUUGACAUGCUUAGAUAGAGUGCCAGCAGAAAUUACGUCCAGUCUCUGUAUUGGAUUGAGGCGGGGCUACAUGUAGUCCACCAUGGGUUCGGAUCUCGUUGAUGAGUAGUGCUGGUUUUCACCAAGCAAUGGUAAAAAGGUUAUUUACCCAUUGUGAAUAGAUUAUUAUAACUAUAUUAAAUGCCCAUCGUCUUGUGGUCAAGGCGAAUAAUAUUGCAUAUGGAAGUUUAACGUUGUAUUUGUGCAUUAUCACUUCAUUUGAACAUAUUUAUAUUUAUAUACUCCCAUUUCAUAUGUUGAUAAGUUGUACUAGCUAUUAAUUCACCAUGUUUGUAUUUAUAUGUGGAUACGAAGAAGAUGUACCAUACACAUGUCUGAAUAAACAAUCUUCCAAAACGCUU